AUGGGGCCCCACUUCAAGUCCAGUUUAUUGGCUCUGUUCCCACUUGCGUGGCAGGCAGCUGCGACACUGACGUUGAGUGAGACAUCGACGACGUAUACCUUGCAGAACGAACGUCUCAAGGCUGUUGUUGCUAAACCAGGCGGUAAGAUCACCGAGGUAACUCUCGAUGGCACAUCCUUGCUUGGUCCAGGUCAAGGUCUAUAUCUCGAUUGCUACUGCACACCAUCCGGUUUCUACGUACCAGGAAGCUCCUCGCCAACCCUCGAGCUCCUCAAUGGGACAGAUUCAACCGGAACCAAAUGGGGUGGUAUUGCUUUAAGAGAGAAUUAUAAACCUACCGGACAAGUCUUUGAACAACUCUGGUUCCUGCGAGAAGGAGAAACAGGCCUUCAUGCGUUCACAAGAACGGCCUACUUCAACGAAUCAGUGCCAUUCUUGCGCAACCUACAGGAGCUACGCACACUUUUCCGCCCAAACACACCUCUUUGGACACAUUUAUCCACCAAUCAGAAGCAGUGGGGGCCUUUGCCGUCCAAGGCUGCAGUAGCUUCUCAGUGGUACCUUGGCAAUACUCCGAAUGAUCCUUACGUUCAGCAAGUUGCUGACUACUUCACAAAGUAUACGUUUGCGGAUACCUGGCGCGACCACAAGGCUCACGGCUUAUACGCUGAUGGUUCCACGUCGAAUGGAACUGCUUACGGAGCUUGGCUCGUGAUGAACACCCGGGAUACCUACUUUGGAGGCCCGAUUCAUACCGAUUUAACCGUGGAUGGAUCACGUAUAAUUACAUUGUUUCCAAUCAUCACGGAGAUGGCACUCCCAACAUUACCCCUUGAUUCGCGUACUAGUCUUUCAACCCUUCGAGCUGAUGCUGAGAAGCUUGCGGAUCCUACCUGGAAUGCUGCAUUUUACGAUGACAUUGCAUCGCACGUACCCAACUACGUCACCACUUCUGGCCGUGGUACAUUCCAGCGAAAAUCAACCUUCCCAAGGGCGCGAAAAGGCCAAUUGCUGUGCUUAGCGUUAGCGGCUACGACUUCCAGGCUAACGAAGUUGACACGAAAGCACUUCAAUAUUGGGGCGACAUUAAACCAGAUGGGCCAUUUCGAUCCUCGAGUAAAGGCGGGCAAUUAUCGGCUAACGGUUUAUGCGGACGGUAUUUUCGGACAGUAUAUUCAGGACAACGUUACGGUCAAAGCUGGGAUCGUCAAUCCUGCCAUAAAGGUUACAUGGAAGGAAGAAUCUGCUGGCACGGAACUAUGGCGUUUGGGAACACCGGACAAGACAUCAGGGGAGUUCCGCCAUGGGUUUACUACUGAUCCGAAAAAGUCACUCCAUCCAGAGGAAUACCGCAUAUACUGGGGCUAUCACGAUUUCCCGACCGACUUCCCCAAUGGCGUUAAUUUCACAAUUGGGAAGAGUGACAUCGCGAAAGACUGGAACUAUGUUCACUGGAGUGUCUUUGGACCGAGCUAUACUCGGAAGAACGCGGUUUGGGAUAACAUGAAUAACUGGACGAUCAACUUUGACUAUUCUCGCAAAAAGUUAAAGGCUAACUCGACCGCGACUUUUACGGUCCAAUUGGCAGGCGCCAAGACCGCAAGUGAUAAUGGACCAUAUACCAACUUCGAUUUGAAUGUGGUGGUAAAUGGGAAUGCACCACUACCAUUCCAUAUUCCUUGGUAUCAAUCUAGUAGCUGUGCUGUUCGCUCCGCCGUUUCCUGUUACAACCUUGGAGAAAAGCUGAAAUUCCCAGAGUCUUGGCUGAAUAAUGGGAAAAACUCUAUUGUUUUGAGUUUGCCUUUCAAUGCAACUGAUAUUGAAACGGCAGUUCUUCCAGCAUCGAUUUAUGUGCAGUAUGAUGCUCUGCGCCUCGAAGUACAUCACCAGCGUGCCAAAAAUGACAUUAGUUUACCCUGGCCUUGUGAGGAUCCAAAGAUAGAAGCAAAUACUCCAGAAUUACCCCGGGCCGCAUCGUUUCUCCGGACCGGAGCCCCGCAACAACCCAAACUUUCUGCAUACGGGAGUAAUCAGAGCUAUCCUAACCCCGCCAAUACUUCGCCUCAUGAAAUCCUUGGCUUCGGAUUUGCUUGGUCGUUGGCGGUUGGAGCAUCUGCCAAGUCAAUUUAUGAAGCUUGCCAGUCAACUCAGGGGAAGAAGCUCAGUCCGACGGCGGGGUGCCCUGUAGGCGAGUACAAUACUACCUGCGUUGACAUGCUUAAAAUGCUGAGGCUCGCCAACAGGUACCAAGAGGCGGUUCUCUCGUUGCCACAAGACACGUCACCACAAUGGAUUUUGAUUGGGGCAGGCGUUUACAAGGAGGCAGUCAACGUCACUCGUAAAGGACCCACUACUCUUCUUGGCACUACCAACCACGCAGAUAAAUAUGUACAGAAUCUCGUCACAGUAUACAAUACGACGUUCAUGAACCAAACGACUCAGACGGCAGAGCAAGAUAACGCAGAUACUCAAGUCCUCACGGUAGCUCCCAACAAGUGGUCAACAUGGACUGGAAAGGGUUUCUACGGAGACACGCCUGAACCAGUACCCAAUGAAUGGGGCUGUACGGACUUCAGAGCAUACAAUAUCAACUUUGAGAAUCGAGCAGCAACAAAAGCAGUAGGCCCUGCCUUAGCUGUGGGAGUGGCAUUCGCCCGAGCUUCUUUCUACGGUUGCACGUUCAAAUCUUAUCAAGACACCGUAUUCAUAGGGAAGAAUGGAUCUGCGGUAUUCAAGGGAAGUGAAGUUGCCGGUUCAACGGAUUAUAUAUAUGGAUUUGGUACAGCCUAUUUUCUUGAAAGCACUCUGUCGAACCGCGGACCCGGACGCCUCACAGCCUGGAAAGGUGACGAUCGCUAUAAAAAUAAGAAUGGGGUGUACUUUGAUAAAUGCCGGAUCACCAAGUCUCCGGAUGCCGAUCCUAGUCUAGAUCUGGUUGGAACUAUGGGGCUCGGUCGACCGUGGAAUAACCUCUCAACUGUCGUGGUUAUGGAUACCUAUAUGGACAACACUGUAAUGCCAGUUGGGUACACAAUUUGGGGGUCGACCGAUCCCCGUUUCAACUACAAUGUAACAUAUUUUGCCGAAUACAAAAGCCACGGUCCCGGAUGGAACGCUACAGCACGGAAUAUUUCAAUAGAAAGAAUUUUGACUAGCGCAAAAGAGACUAAGCGAUUCUCACUCGGGAGCAUCUUUGGCGCAGACCUUAAUUGGAUCGAUUUUUCAUACUAG